AUGGUAUCGCCAACACCUGGGCAUGUGCCCUCCAGACCCCGAGAUGGAAGUGGUCCACGCCAUCAAGCUCGCUCUGCGGGCACAGCUGAGCGACCUGGCCGAAAUGAGAGCUUGGUAGACCUCGUUCGCUUCUUUCAAACACAGAACAUGCCUGCGCAACCUUCUACGCCGUCUCAACCCCCACCUCCAACUCCAACUUCGCCUGCAAGUCCGUCGGAUACGACAACUGCACUGCCAGUUGCAGCGGAAUCCAAGGAAUACAAGCCAGACCCGAAGCAGGAAUUGAAACCAUUUCAUCGUCGCCUCCUCCAGUUUGCUCAGCGACAAAAGAAAGAGUCGUCGCCUCGAUCCAAACAGGAGGAACAACAACGCCAGAUGGAUGCACUGAUGAGGGAAGGAUACCUCAUCCCGGCCCCUCUACCAAAAGAUCUCAAAGGGCCAAAGGAGCCUCGAACUUCUAAGGACAGUAGUCUAUCCCGAACUCUUUCUAAGUCUAAGAAAGACGUCGAAAAUAUUGGCCAGCCAUGGCUACAGGCGAAAGCCGAUGGAACCAAGCGACCAACCGACACACGGCGUCGCCUGGCCUCUUUGGACCUUGAUGACUUUGGCUCAAUGGUCGAUGUUGCCGUUUCGCUUUCUUCGGAAUUCGACGACGCGAUGCCGCCUCCGUAUCAACCAUCUGAGAAUGUCCUUUCUCAGUCCUCAGCAGUGCCAAACUCGAACUCUUUAGACCCAACCCCUCAACCCAUCAUUCAAUCGGCUUCUUCGCUCGCUUCUACCAGCCACAGUCGCAAUAACCCAUCGAUUGAUGAGCAAAUCAAUCGACCAUCCAGCUCUGCGGGUUCCAGUGCUCGAAUGAAUCCGCAAAACACAGAGUCUCUUUCGCGAGUCACAAGCAAUGCACCAAGCAAUGCACCAAGCAAUGCACCCCCGAGUGUAGCUGGCACAGAGUCCUCUCCUCGGCCCUCCCUGGACAGCCAGAGGCGCUAUCCCGCUGGAAAGUCGUCUGACUUGGAUCAAUCUCGUCGUACUCCGACCCCGACUCUGAAGCUCUUCCCUGACGUUGCACCACCUCGCAAAUCUAGCAUCACUGCACGGAGAACCUCAGCGGUGCCACGGUACCAAACGCUCCCCAUUACUGUGUCCAGCUCUUUGCUCGGCUCACAGGUCGAGCCCUCUGGCAGUACCGAUUCCAGCAAUGAGCCGCGAAAGUCAUCGGAUGUAUUCAAGGACACGCCGGCUAAAGAGGCAGCACCAAAGUGCACAGGCGCUCUUGCACCAGCGCCUCAGUUGACCUCUGAGGCAAAGACAUCUGUCGGAAAAGCCCAAGCAACCAAGGAGUCAACUCCACAAGAUCAGGCCAAGUCUCGACCAGCGUCGUUGUCCAUGGGCACGCUCAAGGCAUUCCCUCUUCCAGCGCCAACCAGACCAUUACCCUCGUUGCCCGAGGCUGAACGUGGCCCCAGCGCACCUCCUCAAGCAAAUGCUCGCUUGAGUAUCCGUCCAGCUGGUUCGGGGCUAAUGUCUUUGGCUCAGCAGUCCUCAGCAGAGACUGUUCUCGAGGAUCCUGAGACUAAGUCUGCUGUUGACAGUCCUCAAAUCCUGGAAUCGCGCCCUGCAACCGCUUUAGGUAAUGUCGACGCUGGAGGCUCGAUUGCUGACGACGAAGAGAGUGUCUCUACUUCGUCGAUCUCAGAUUACUCUAAGUCUAUGUCUCCUGCCCAGUGCACGCCUCGAAGACGGGCUGCUAGUAUCCGUAUCCCUCGUAUGGAAGAACUCCCUGAGAGCCCUUCCAAUGCAGGCGAUAAGGGCCAGCCAUUGGCCGACUCUCCCAUCUUGGGACACUCUAUCCCUGGGAAUUCCCAGGGCAAACGUAUUAUCCUGAACGGAUUGCAGAUCAACUCUCAAGUUGGUCGAAAGAAUCUUCCGUUCGGUCUGCCAUCACCUCCCCCUACUGCCUCUCUCCCAUCAGCUCCUCCUCCCUCUCACCCGCCUCCCCCUGUUCCUAGCCGCGCAGCUGGCCAGCACAACUGCACUGCAACUAAUGCGGCUCUGCUUCGAUCUAUGAGAAGCAUGGAUGGACCCCCUCCACCUGGUUCUUACCGCAACUCAAUGAUCUCUCGAAGCGACAGCUCACGGAGCAGUCUUCGCCAUGAGAGCUUCCCCGACUCAUACCAAGAAAGUCGUCCUGACAGUCGUCCUGAGUCUCCACUGCCUUCGUCGGAUGAUGAAGUCUUUGGUCCCAAUGCUGGUGUCAAAGUAUCUCGUCGCCAAGCCGAAAAACAGAAAGGCGCCCAGGCAACUCACCGUGGACGAACGAUGGAUACACGUCAAAUGUCCAGCCACAGUCGUCCUCGCUAUCCCCAUUCGGCUCAUUCUAUGAUUCCCCAAAGCCGCAGCCAUCCCAAUCUGGAGAAGACUGCAUCCCCUCAGUCACAGUACUCCAUGUCUACGCAGCGGUCUCGGGGGUCUCAGAGUAGUCACCGCCCCCAGGCACUUCAGAUGGACCACUACCUCGAAGACCGAGUUGCCAAUCUGGAGCGUCAGAACCAGAUCCUCCAGGCUGCUCUCAUGGCAGCACUCAAUGCUGGAAACAAGAAUCCUCUAGAGGGACUGCUCGAUCCGACUAUGAUGCCACCAUUCCCAUCUGGUCCAUUCGCCAACCACUACCCCCGCCAUGUCUCUCGCCCUGAGAGCUGGGUCAGCUCUUCUCGGAGUAGUGAGCACAGUGGCUUUGAUACCUCGAGCUCUUACCGAGAAGGCCGUCCGAAUGUCAAGCAGCUGGACAACAUGAUUGAAGACAUCGAGUCUGGCUGGAUGUCGGACAAGUCCAGUCUCAGCGGUGCUCACGUUUCACGCAAACGAUAA